AUGGAGGGGAUCAUUGCGACAAGUGACGGGAGUGACGUUUACUCUACGGACGUAGGUAAUGUCCGUGGAAACAUUGAAUUAAAGAUUCGUAACUUUGUGAAAAAUUACAGUCGUCACAAAAAUAACGUAUUUGAAUAUCGAGAACAGCUCAAGGCAAAUGUCAUCGACGGGAAAUACUUUUUGGAAGUUGAUAUUUCGGAUAUUCAGAACUUCGAUGAAAGUAUCAAAGAGGCGUUUUAUAAACACUCAUCGGAGUUUUUGUCAAUUUUUGAGAACGUGUUGUCUACAAUAGUUAAACCAAUGAACGACUUCAAACCAAAAGAAAAUUUUAUUGAAUACGAAGACGGAAGUCCAUUGAUGCAAGUGAUAGUGAAAGAUGCGACCAACUUGGUGAUCCAGCCACGUUCGCUCCAGUCGUCGCAUCUUUCCAAAGUGAUUCGCGUCGAUGGUAUUAUUGUUUCCAUUUCCCGAGUUGAACCAAAGGUAGUCAAAGCUUUUCUUCGUUGUCGCAGUUGUGGCAAAGAGACAUCAGUCUAUGUUCCUCCGUGUUGUGGCAUCGUCCAAUAUCCUCGUUCAUGCGACGGACACAACCCGGUCACUGGCAAAAAGUGUCCACAAGAUCCUUAUGAUAUCAUUCCUGAGAAAUGCAAAUUUGUCGACAAAAUGAUUCUCAAAUUACAAGAGACUCCCGAGAACGUCGCGCCUGGUGAAGUUCCUCGAACAGUUGUUGUGAUAUUAGAAAGGUAUUUAGUGAGUGGGUUGAGUGCGGGACAACGUAUUCGCGUUGAAGGUAUUUAUGGUGCGUCUCUUCAAAAGAAGGGCACGAUAUCCUCUGCAUACAUCCGUGCUAUUGGCAUUGAAAAGUCAAAUCAAUUGGUUCCAAAGGACGACGAGAUGAUGAAGGAAGUCGCCCGGACAAUAACACGAGAAAAAUUGAUCAAAUCGAUUGCACCUGCUAUUUAUGGACACGAUGAUAUUAAAGAGGCUGUGUUGUGUUUGAUGAUUGGUGGGAGUAGAAAAGGGUUGCCCGAUGGUACACGACUUCGUGGUGAUAUCAAUGUUCUAUUGAUGGGAGAUCCUGGGACGGCUAAGAGUCAGAUCUUGAAGUUUGUCAAGAUGGUGAGUCCAAUUGGCGUCUACACAAGUGGGAAAGGUUCUUCAGCGGCUGGGCUUACAGCCGCUGUGAACAAAGAUUCCACAACUGGUGAAUUCUAUUUGGAAGGGGGUGCUUUGGUGCUUGGAGAUGGAGGUGUCGUGUGCAUCGAUGAAUUUGAUAAGAUGAAUGAAAUUGAUCGAGUUGCUAUUCAUGAGGCAAUGGAACAACAAACGAUCUCUAUUGCAAAGGCUGGGAUUACCGCCGUUCUAAAUGCACGAGCAGCGGUACUUGCUGCUGCCAACCCUAUUUUUGGUAAAUUCAACGACAGAACAUCAUUUGGCAAUUCAAUCAACUUGAAGGCGACUGUGUUAUCAAGAUUUGAUAUGAUCUUCAUGAUACGAGAUGUCCCAAACAAAGAGAAUGAUUCGAGAAUAGUUAGACAUAUUCUGGAUGUCCAUCGAAAAGAAGUCCAUGUUGACAAUUUGAAUGUGGAAACACUGAAAAACUACAUCUCAUAUUGUAAGGAGUAUUGUGUACCUCGACUGACAGAAAGUGCGUCGUCAAAACUUGCUGAUUAUUUUGUUAACAUCCGACAAAAGGUGAGAGAGGCAAAGGAGAAAAAUUAUGAAGAUGAUGGUGGGGUUCCAAUUACUGUUAGACAGUUAGAAGCCAUUAUUCGAAUAUCGGAAAGUUUAGCGAAGAUGACCAUGUCUGAUAUUGCCGAAGAAAAGCAUGUUGAAGAGGCGAUCAGACUUUUUGAAAUCUCAACAAUGAAAUCAGCAACAGAGCAACCGAAGAGAAGUAAGAAAAAGGAUCAAGAUGUCUAG